AUGGCUCACAUGAGGCUGCCCAACCCCACAGGAAACCCUGAGCCCAGGGAAAAGGGAAAUACAAACAAGGCCAGUGGCAUGAAGAGGGGGAUGGAGAGAGAGAGCGGGAGGGAGAGGGGGAUGGAGGGAGAGAGGGGGCGGGGUUGAAGAGAGAGGGGGAAUUAGGCGUAGGAAUGUAGGGAGUUAAGGUUUUCUGUGUGAGGUGGUAUGUGGGUAGUUCUGCUUUUACAGAGUAGAUAAAAUCACUACAUGAAAUUUGCUUUUGAGUAGAGGAGGGCAUUAAACAAGGUGUACGGUUUUCUAUACCAUUAUUGAGAUGAAAAUAUGCUAUGUUAAAAAGAGACAAUAAAAUAAGAAUGGAUGGUGCUAAGCAAGGUCUACUCUACUGUAUAUACACUGAGUGUACAAAACAUUAGGAACUUUCCAUGACAUAGACUGACCAGGUGAAUCCAGGUGAAAGCUAUGAUCCCUUAUUGAUGUCACUUGUUAAAUCCACUUCAAUCAGUGUAGAUGAAGGGGAGGAGACAUGUUAAAGAAGGAUUUUUAAGCCUUGAGACAAUUGAGACAUCGAUUGUGUAUUUGUGUCAUUCAGAGGGUGAAUGGCAAGACAAAAUAUUUAUGUGCAUUUGAACAAGGUAUGGUAGUAGGUGCCAGGCGCACCGGUUUGUGUCAAGAACUGCAACGCUGCUGGGUUUUUCACGCUCAACAGUUUCCUGUGUGUAUCAAGAAUGGUCCACCACCCAAAGGACAUCCAGCCAAUUUGACACAACUGUGGGAAGCAUUGGAGUCAACAUGGGUAGCAUCCCUGUGGAACGCUUUCGACACCUUGUAGAGUCCAUGUCCUGACGAAUUGAUGCUGUUCUGAGGGCAAAAGGGGUGCAACUCAAUAUUAGGAAGGUGUUCCUAAUGUUUUCUACAAUCAGUGUAUGUAACUAUAGAGAGCUUGGCGAUACGGGGAAGAACAUGAAUAAAGUCAUGAAAUUAAUGACGAAGUGAAAACUACAGGAAACAUGAAGCCUGACAUAACUAACUGCCAGUUGCUCCAUGUGAGGCGAGGAACUCUGAGCACCUGGGUUCAGAUAGUAUGUUAAAUCCUUCAAAUACUAUCUGAUUAGGCUUGCCUGGUGCAAUGGAAUCAAUGGACGAGUUUCAUAAGUGCAAACCUUGCCCAUCUGGAACACAAUUGACAUGCGCAAUCAAACGCUCAGGUCUGGGGGGAAUGGAUGGGAGGUUGUUCUGCCUCCUAGCCCCAGCAGCGCAGCCUCUUUGAGUGGCUGGCUCUGGCCUGGCUUUAGCUGACUAUGGGUGCUGUGCUAGACACUGUACUAUCUGCUCUCUGCUCUCUCACACAUGGCUGAGUCUCCUUCCCCUCCAACCUCCCCCUCUCCACAUUAUAUAGCCACAGAGUCAGACCUACCAGCUGAAUGCACUAGUAGAUGGGCAUCUCUUCAUUGCACAAUUAAGGAGGCCAGCAAAAACUGUACUGUACACAGCUAGUACCCAGGAGGAGAGAGAGAGAGCUUGUAGCAAUCUUUCCCUCAUGCAGUAUUCUAUGGGGAUAUUCACAGCUCAACUAAGGAGGCCUGCAAAGACGAUAUAAUGCCCAGAGCAGAGAGCUAGUAGCAACCAGUUUCCCCCAUGCAGUUGGAUUAUUCUAGGAGUGCUUUUCAUUUGCACACAGAGCAAUACUACCCAUAAAUAAUGUAUUGUUGAUGUCACUAGAAAAUAAUGGAUAUGUUAUGCCAAAGCAUAAUGUAUUUGAUGGCAUCCUGCAUAGAUCAUCAAACGUAAUAUGAAAUAGUAAUGUUACAUUAGAGGUCAAAUGCAUAUAGCACAAGUUUGCUUUAAAGCACAUUUACAGUAUGGUGGAGAAUGUACUUUAGCUAAUUCAAUCUCUAAAGUUGUUUGGAAUUGGAGACACCAGUGUAAUAUAUGCAGAAUAGCUUAUUUUCCUGUUAGCUUUUAGUAGCCUAUUUUUGGAAUAUACCAAAUACCUGUAUAUGCCAGUUGGAGGAACAUGUGUAUAGAAAGAACAGGGGCUACCUGUCCUGUCUGUAUCUGUUAGUGCAGUACAGUGCAGGUUGAGAAACAAUGAGAGGAUUUUCAAAACACCCGUCUCCUUAACAAGUGUGUGAUGUUCACAUGCUGUAGUAAAAAAGUUAAAUCUGUGCUAAAAGAGAAGGGCAAGGGCAGCCCUUACUCCUUUGGUUAGUGUGUGCCUAAACCCUGCUGUAAAGCUGGGGUAGCUAUGCUAGGUAGAUAGAGGGGCAGUAGGACCCAGAGAUGAGGCUCUGUUCUGGGUGUUGUGUUAGCUAGCAGAGUGAGAGAGAGAGUGUUGCGGUGGAUCCCAACCAGCCAGCCAGCCAGGCAGGUUUGCUUGUACAGCACAUAACAGCACAGCCAAGGCAAGGAGAGUGAGAUCAGGUUACAGAACAUGCACAUGCCGAGAGAGAUGCAGGGAGUUGAUAUCCUGCUUCUGCAGUGUUGGUGCAGAAACAAGGGAGAUCGUAAAGCUAGGUCUACAGUACAAAUAAUUACUAUACAGCAAUGUACAUGCCCAAUGUGUUCCUCCUGGAACACAGAUAAUUAAGUCAAGGCUUCUACAUAUACAGUGAGCUAUAAAGUAUUGGGACAGUGACACAUUUUGUGUGGUUUAGGCUCUGUACUCCAGCACUUUGGAUUUGAAACGAUACAAUGACGAUGAGGUUAAAAAAGUGCAGACUGUCAGCUUUAAUUUGAGGGUAUUUCCAUAUCGGGUGAACCGUUUAGGAAUUACAGCACUUUUUGUACAUAGGGGACCAAAAGUAUUGGGACAAAUUCACAUGUGUAUUAAAGUAGUCCAAAGUUUAGUAUUUGGUCCCAUAUUCCUAGCAUGCAAUGAUUAGAUCAAGCUUGUGAUUUUACAAACUUGUUGAAUGCAUUUGCUGUUUUGUUUUGGUUGUGUUUCAGAUUAUUUGGUGCCCAAUAGAAAUGAAUGGUAAAUAAUGUAAUUGUAUCAUUCUAAAUCCAAAGUGCUGGAGUACAGAGCCAAAACCACACAAUAAAUGUCACUGUCCCAAUACUUUUGGAGAUCACUAUAUUUCCAACUACAACAAAACAAUGAUCAAUAAUGCAUUGGGUCAUUUAUUAUAAGCUAGCGCUACAAUAUGCAUUAAUAGACAGCAUGUACAGGCCCUAUAUGUUCCUCCUGGAAAGAACAUGAUUAAGUCAGAUGAGUAAAAUGAGUAAGACAGCAAUGUAUGGUUGCUAGGAAACAGAGGGAAAGCGUAUUGGUUUAGUUAUAUUUAGUACUACACUAUCACGUUUCAGGAGAAGACCCAGAUGCAGACAGUGUCGAAGUAACAAAAGUUUAUUACAAAAACAGGGGGCAGGCAAACAACAGGUCAAGGGCAGGCAGAGGUCAGUAAUCCAGAUCAGAGUCCAAAAGGUACAGAACGGCAGGCAGUCUCAGGGUCAGGGCAGGCAGAGGUCAAUAAUCCAGGGUGGUGUGACAAGGUACAGAAUGGCUGGCAGGCUCAGGGUCAGGGCAGGCAGAAUUGUCAAAACUAGAAAACAGGAACUUGAAAAAGACAGGAGCAAGGGGAAAAACGCUGGUAGGCUUGACAAAACAAAACGAACUGGCAACAGAAAAACAGAGAACACAGGUAUAAAUACACUAGGGAUAAUGGGGAAGAUGGGAGACACCUGGAGGGGGGUGGAGACAAUCACAAAGACAGGUGAAACAGAUCAGGGUGUGACAGUACUCCCACCUCUAGGGGCGCCACCUGGCAUGUUACCUGGGUGCAUACAUGGUUGGCCGGGGUGCCAGCGUUGAAACUCAGCGAUGAGGCCUGGGUCCAAGAUGUCCCUACCGGGGACCCAGCAACUCUCCUCCGGGCCAUAACCCUCCCAGUCAACCAGGGACUGGAAGCCCCUGCCCUGAGGUCGAACCUUCAGGAGACGCCUCACCAUGUACGCCGGUUGGCCGUCAAUGAGACGUGGAGAGGGAUCGGCCUGGAAGCAGGAGACAAAGGGGUGUGAGACAUGGGAUUGAUCCUAGAUACAUGAAAAGUGGGAUGUAUACGGAGGGUACGGGGCAACAGAAGACGAACAGCAGAGGGGCUAAUGAUCUUGGAGAUGGGGAAAGGGCCGAUAAACCGGGGGGGAAAGUUUGCGGGACUCCACCCGGAGGGGCAAAUCUCGGGUGGCCAACCAUACCUUCUGCCCGAGACGAUACCGGGGAGCUGGGGUCCGGUGGUGGUCCGCUUGUCGUCAAUACCUGGAGGUGGUCUUGAGAAGAGCCAUCCAGGUACGACGACAGCAGCGGACAAACAUCGGGGCCGAGGGUAUGCCGACCUCUUCCUCUUGCUCCAGGAAGAGCAGGGGCUGAUAACCAAGGGAACACUCAAAGGGCAAAAGACCCGUAGCAGAGCAGGGAAGGGUGUUGCGGGCGUAUUCGACCCACACUAGUUGCUGGCUCCAGGUGGUGGGGUUGGCAGAGACCAGGCAUCGCAGAGUCGUCUCCAGAUCUUGGUUAGCUUGCUCCGACUGGCCGUUGGGCUGAGGGUGGAAACCGGAGGACAGGCUGGCCGACGACCCAAUGAGUGUGCAGAACGCCUUCCAGAACUGGGACGAGAACUGAGGACCCCGGUCGGAGACGUGCUGCACCAUGAGCUGGGCCGUCUCUUUGGCGGAGGGUAGCUUGGGGAGAGGAAUGAAGUGGGUGGCUUUGGAAAACCGGUCCUCAACUGUCAGGAUGGCGGUGUUGCCAUCAGACGGGGGAAGACCUGUGACAAAGUCCAGGGAUAUGUGAGACCUGGGACGGUGAGGAACAGGUAGAGGUUGGAGGAGACCAGCCGGAGCUUGCCGAGGAGUCUUGUUCUGCGCACAGAUCGUGCAGGCAGCGAUGAACGCGGAGAUGUCAGGAACCAUGAUAGCCCACCUAAAGCAUUGACGCACAAAGGCCAGGGUCCAACAGGAGCCCGGGUGGUAGGUAAGCCUGGAGGAGUGGGCCCACUCCAGGACCAAGGAGUGGACAGCGUCAGGAACAAACAUCCGGUAAUCUGGGCCCCCCCCGGGGUUCGGCUGGGAACGCUGCGCCUCCCGUACCUGCUUCCCUAUUCCCCAACGGAGUGCCGUCGCCAAGCACAAGGUGGGAAGGAUGGUCUCGGAUUCCGGGGGUGUAGCCGCGGGGCUAUAGCGUCGUGACAGCGCAUCUGGCUUGACAUUCUUGGAUCCCGGUCAGUAUGAGAGGGAGAAGUUGAACCGGGUGAAAAGCAGGGCCCACUUAGCUUGCCUGGAAUUGAGACGCUUGGCGGUGUGGAGAUAUUCCAAGUUCUUGUGGUGCGUCCACACAAUGAACGGAUGUUCCGCCCCCUCCAGCUAGUGCCUCCACUCCUCCAAUGCCAUCUUCACUGCGAAGAAGCUCACGAUUCCCCACAUUGUAAUUCCUCUCCGUGGUGUUGAGGCGAUGGGAGAAGAAGGCGCAGGCAUUUAACUUGAGGUCCAGGGCCGAACGCUGGGACAGGACCGCCCCCAUUCCGACAUCCGAAGCGUCGGACUCCACCACGAACUGGCGGGACGGGUCAGGAUGAACCAAGAUGGGAGCAGUGGUGAAACGGUGUUUGAGGUCCUGGAAUGCCCUUUCAGCAGCUGGGGACCAUGUGAACGGAACCUUGGGAGAGAUGAGUGCAGACGGGGGAAGCCAGGGUGCUGUAACCCCAGAUAAAGCAGCGAUAAAAGUUGGUGAAUCCCAGGAAACGUUGCAGCUGCACUCUGGAUGUAGGCUGGGGCCAAUCCACCACCGCUCUCACCUUCCCGGGAUCCAUCUCUACACUCCCUGCAGCAAUGAUGUAGCCCAGGAAGGGGAUGGUGGAGCGAUGGAAUUCGCAUUUCUCAGCUUUCACAAAAAGCUGGUUCUCCAGGAGGCGUUGGAGGACCUGUCGGACGUGGAGCACGUGUUCUUGGGCAGAGUGGGAGAAGACGAGGAUGUCGUCGAGGUAGACGAAGACGAACCGGUUCAACAUGUAGCGGAGAACAUCACUAACCAGGGCCUGGAACACAGCUGUGGCAUUGGUAAGGCCAAAUGGCAUGACCAGAUACUUGUAGUGACCGCGUUGAAGGCAGUCUUCCACUCGUCCCCCUCCCGUAUCCGCACCAGGUGGUAGGCAUUCCGUAGGUCCAGCUUGGAGAAUACUUUGGCCCCCUGGAGCGGCUCGAAGGCCGAGGACAUGAGUGGUUGCGGGUAGCGGUUCUUCACCGUGAUGUCGUUGAGGCCCCGGUAGUCGAUGCACGGGCACAGGGUUUUGUCCUUCUUCUCCACAAAGAAGAACCUUGCGCCGGCGGGGGAGGCAGAAGGACGGAUGAACCCGGCAGCUAGGGAGUCCUCAAUGUAGGUCUCCAUAGCCUUGGUCUGCGGACCCGACAGUGAGUACAGUCGUCCCCGGGGCGGAGUGGUGCCUGGGAGAAGGUUGAUUCCGCAGUCGUAGGGUCGGUGCGGUGGAAGCGAAGUGGCCCGUGCCUUACUGAACACCUCCCGGAGGUCCUCGUACUCCGUGGGAAUGGCGGAGAGGGCCGAGGCAACUUUCGAGCCGCCAGGAAGACGUCCCGGGGAAGGCUGUGCUGACUUCAGGCAAUGAGCGUGGCAGAACAGGCUCCAGCCCAUGAUGGCACCAGUAGACCAGUCAAUAAACCCAAUACCACGGGAACCUGAGGAGACUUAAUUAGCAGGAAUUGGAUCGUCUCGCUGUGGUUCCCUGACACUCGUAGGUUGAUGGGGGUGGUAUUGUGGAUGACCCGGCCUAUAGAGCGCCCGUCCAGCGCUCUAACAUCCAUGGGAAUGGAGAAGAGCUGAGUGGGGACGCCAGGGUAGCGUCCAUUAAGCUCUCAUCGGCCCCAGAGUCGAUGAGUACCCAGAGAGAUUUUGACUGGUUCCCCCACAGCAAGAUUGCAUGAAAGGGGGUGCGAGUAAGGGGAGAGGAAAAGGUAUCCGUAUGGCCCACCAGAGUACUCGAUCCUACCGGUGAGCCUGGUCUUUUAGUGGACAGGUGGACACAAAAUGACCAGUAGUCCCGCAAUACAGGCAACUAUUUCAACAAGCAUUUUGGAAUUUCAACAAGCAUUUUGCUACGGCUGGCCAUGCUUUCCACCUGGCUACCACUACCCUGGCCACCAGCUCUGCACCCUCCGCUGCAACUUGCCCAUGCCCCCCCCCGCUUCUCCUUCACACAAAUCCAGACAGCUGAUGUUCUGAAAGAGCUGCAAAAUCUGGACCCCUACAAAUCAUCUGGGCUAGACAAUCUGGACCCUUUCUUUCUAAAACUAGCCGCCGAAAUUGUCGCAACCCCUAUUACUAGCCUGUUCAACCUCUCUUUUGUAACGUCUGAGAUCCCCAGAGAUUGGAAAGCUGCCGCGGUCAUCCCCCUCUUCAAAGGGGGUGACACUCUAGAUCCAAACUGUUACAGACCCAUAUCCAUCCUGCCCUGCCUUUCAAAAGUUUUUGAAAGCCAAGUCAAGAAACAGAUCACCGACCAUUUCGAAUCCCACCGUACCUUCUCCGCUAUGCAAUCCGGUUUCCAAGCUGGUCAUGGGUGCACUUCAGCCACGCUCAAGGUCCUAAACGAUAUUAUAACCGCGAUCGAUAAUAGACAGUACUGUGCAGCCGUUUUCAUUGACCUGGCCAAGGCUUUCGACUCUGUCAACCACCGCAUUCUUAUUGGCAGACUAAAUAGCCUUGGUUUCUCAAAUGAUUGCCUCGCCUGGUUCACCAACUACUUCUCAGAUAGAGUUCAAUGUGUCAAAUCGGAGGGCCUGUUGUCUGGACCUAUGGCAGUCUCUAUGGGGGUGCCACAGGGUUCAAUUCUUGGGCCGACUCUUUUCUCUGUGUAUAUCAAUGACGUCGCUCUUGCUGCUGGUGACUCUCAGAUCCACCUCUACGCAGACGACACCAUUUUGUAUACAUCUGGCCCUUCAUUGGACACUGUGUUAACAAACCUCCAAACGAGCUUCAAUGCCAUACAACACUCCUUCAGUAGCCUCCAACUGCUCUUAAACACUAGUAAAACUAAAUGCAUGCUCUUCAACUGAACGCUGCUUGCACCCGCCCACCCGACUAGAAUCACUACUCUCGACGGGUCUGACCUAGAGUAUGUGGACAACUACAAAUAUCUAGGUGUCUGGUUAGACUGUAAACUCUCCUUCCAGACUCACAUUAAGAAUCUCCAAUCCAAAGUUAAAUCUAGAAUCGGUUUCCUAUUUCGCAACAAAGCCUCCUUCACUCAUGCUGCCAAACAUGCCCUCGUAAAACUGACUAUCCUACCGAUCCUUGACUUCGGCGAUGUCAUUUACAAAAUAGCCUCCAACACUCUACUCAGCAAAUUGGAUGUAGUCUAUCACAGUGCCAUCCGUUUUGUCUCCAAAGCCCCAUAUAAUACCCACCACUGUGACCUGUACGCUCUUGUUGGCUGGUCCUCACUACAUAUUCGUCGCCAAACCCACUGGCUCCAGGCCAUCUAUAAAUCACUGCUAGGCAAAUCCCCGCCUUAUCUUAGCUCAUUGGUCACCAUAGCAACACCCACCCGUAGUCUGCGCUCCAGCAGGUAUAUCUCACUGGUCAUCCCCAAAGCCAACACCUCCUUUGGCCGCAAUUCCUUCCAGUUCUCUGCUGCCAAUGAUUGGAACAAAUUGCAAAAAUCUCUGAAGCUGGAGACACUUAUCUCCCUCACUAACUUUAAGCAUCAGUUGUCAGAGCACCUUACCGAUCACUGCACCUGUACACAGCCCAUCUGAAAUUAGCCCGCCCAACUACCUCAUCCCUAUAUUGUUAUUUAUUUUGCUCAUUUGUACCCCAGUAUCUCUAUUUGCACAUCAUCUCUUGCACAUCUAUCAUUCCAGUGUUAAUACUAAUUGUAAUUAUUUUGCACUAUAGCCUAUUUAUUGCCUUACCUCCAUAACUUGCUACAUUUGCACACACUGUAUAUAUAUGUAUUUCUGUUGUAUUUUUGACUUUGUUUUGUUUUACCCCAUAUGUAACUCUGUGUUGUUGUUUUUAUCGCACUGCUUUGCUUUAUCUUGGCCAGGUCGCAGUUGUAAAUGAGAACUUGUUCUCAACUGGUUUACCUGGUUGAAUAAAGGUGAAAUAAAAAAAAUAUUUAAAAAAAAUGUGUGUGAAGCCUGUAUUGCCGUUCGGCUGGAGACAGGCUAGCUCUGCCUAGUUUCAUCGGCUCGGAAAGAGGUGAAUCGGCAGACUUCGGAGACUCUCGGGGGAACUCGGGUAGCCUCGGGUUCUCUCAGCAACGGAACCGUUGGGGACUUCCGGGAUGCCUCGGAGGCGAGGUGGAAUCCUUCCUCUCCUUCCUUCAUUCCCGUAGUCGCCCAUCGAUCCGAAUGGUCAAGGCGAUGAGCGAGUCGAGAUCUGUCGGUAGUUCCCGGGCUGCAAGCUCAUCCUUUACUUCCUCCGAUACUCCGUGCAAGAACGUGUCAAACAGCGCUUCCGGGUUCCAGGCACACUCAGCUGCCAACGUGCAGAAAUCCAAUGCAUAGUCUGCCACAAUGCGGGAUUCUUGCCGAAGCUGGAGUAACUUCCGGCCAGCCUCGCUCCCGGACAAUGGAGCGUCGAAAACCUUCUUUACCUCCUGCAUGAACUCCUCCAGACUGAAGCAUACGGCCGACUGUUGUUCCCACACUGCCGUAGCACAGGCGAGAGCCCUCCCGGACAUCAGUGGGAUGAGGUACACUAUCUUAGAGUGGUCUGAGGGGACGGAGGAGGGCUGCAGCUCGGUGAUGAGCGAACACUGAGCGGGAAAUGCCCGACAGGUUCCCGACUCUCCAGCGAAGCGUUCCGGGGGAGGUAAGCGGGGUUCUCGGGAAACCGGGGUGGCCGGGGAGGCCGCGCUGCUAAUAUCUGGGUUACUGAGGGGCUGAGAGGUUACCGUCGUGGUAGGCUGCCUAACAGACAACCCGCGGAAUUGCUCCCGCUUGGUCAUGGCGUUCGGCCAAGGUCUGGAACCCUUCCAUGAGACCAUGAAGCAACUCCUCGUGACUUCCAAUGGUGGCUCCUUGGGAGGAGAUGGCGUUGCGGAGCUGGUCCGAGUUUGCUGGGUCAGUCAUGGCCAGUUCGUACUAUCACGUUUCAGGAGAAGACCCAGAUGCAUACAGUGUCGAAGUAACAAAGGUUUAUUACAAAAACAGGGGGCAGGCAACCGACAGGUCAAGGGCAGGCAGAGGUCAACAAUCCAGAUCAGAGUCCAAAAGGUACAUAACGGCAGGCAGUCUCAGGGUCAGGGCAGGCAAAUCAAUAAUCCAGGGUGGUGUGACAAGGUACAGAACUGCAGGCAGGCUCAGGGUCAGGCCAGGCAGAAUGGUCAAAACCGGGAAAACUAUGAAACAGGGGGGAAAGGGGAAAAACGCUGGUAGGCUUGACGAAACAAAACGAACUGGCAACAGACAAACAGACAACACAGGUAUAAAUACACUGGGGAUAAUGGGGAAGAUGGGCGACACCUGGAGGGGAGUGGAGACAAUCACAAAGACAGGUGAAACAGAUCAGGGUGUGACAUACACAGUGUGUAAUGUAGUAUUGCUUAUCUACACUACACCAACACUCCAUUUCACAGUGUGCUCCGCCUUGAUGACAGGGUUAUGAUGAGCCUCAUAUACAUUGAUGGAGUGAUGUUGGAUUGAGUAGGAUGUGGGAAUCCUUUUGGGAAUCACUCCACCCGUUCUACUCCAUACCACAUUCCACUUCUCAAAACGUAUUUCCACAGAUCAAUUAGUUCAAUUCACAUACCGUAAUCACUUUGAACUAGAUUAGACCCCUAAAGCCUUUAUAAUACCUCAACCCUGUCAGCUAAGAUGAUAUGAUGAUAGUAAUGAAAAAAUGGUCUGUACACAGUAGAAGCAUUGUUUGGUCCCCAGAAACCCUGACCAUCCAUCCACCUUUGUGUUUUCCAGGUAUGGGAAAAUUGUGUCCACUAAAGCCAUCCUGGACAAGACCACCAACAAAUGCAAAGGUGAGGAGAGGUGUUUUGUAAAAAAAAACAUACACCCGCACAAACAAACGCAUGGACACACACACAAACACAGACGCACACAAACACAAACGCAUGGACACACACACAAACACAAACACAAACACACACACAAACACACCACACCUACACGCAGUUGUAUGUCACACACAGCUCAAACAUUACGUGCAAACAUCCCAGAGAGCCUCUGUCUGUUUAUUCUCAGCAGGUGUUUCGUGAUGUUACCCAUAACGCCAUUGUAGGCAGCUUAGCGUUGGUUACAUACAGUAACUCCACCGUUGGUUACAUACAGUAACUCCACCGUUGGUUACAUACAGUAACUCCACCGUUGGUUACAUACAGUAACUCCACCGUUGGUUACAUACAGUAACUCCACCGUUGGUUACAUACAGUAACUCCACCGUUGGUUACAUACAGUAACUCCACCGUUGGUUACAUACAGUAACUCCACCGUUGGUUACAUACAGUAACUCCACCGUUGGUUACAUACAGUAACUCCACAUCUGGCCACAGUAGAGGGAUAGACUAUUCUCCUAAACCUGUCUCCACAACAGAGGUUCUGUUCUGUAGCAUUAUCCUAAACCUGACCACAGUGCAGUAGUGGAGAGAAUCUGUUCUGUCAUAUUAUCCUUAACCUGUCUGCUGUUUCAGCCCCAUUCAACGCUUACCUGCACAGGACCUGCAUGAUUUGAGGUGUCAUGCCCAUAGGUAGAUACUGUAUCUAUCUCUAUGCUCAUGCUUAGGGACAGGUGUUUUUCAUUAUCAUGUUCCUGGCAAGGAAUAACUCUGGUCCCUAGUUAUAGUCUAUAGUUUAACGUUUUUCCUGGUCAGGUCAUAUAGUCCUAGUCAGAAAAAUCCCUGCCCUAGGCCUGUUGCCAUAGUAUGUACUUCUCAGUGUCACAACUCAAAGUAAGUAUGUCUGUCUUUGUCCCUGCAGGCUAUGGCUUUGUUGACUUUGACAGUCCGUCUGCGGCACAGAAAGCAGUGACAGCACUGAAAGCUGGUGGAGUCCAGGCUCAGAUGGCUAAGGUAAGAUGUCUUCUCUCUCUCUCUCUCUCUCUCUCUCUCUCUCUCUCUCUCUCUCUCUCUCUCUCUCUCUCUCUCUCUCUCUCUCUCUCUCUCUCUCUCUCUCUCUCUCUCUCUCUCUCUCUCUCUCUCUCUCUCUCUCUCCGUUUCUACAUCGCUCCCCCCUUUCUGAGUGCAGAGCUCUCCUUGUUGUGGUUGUUCUUUUGUCUUUGUGUGGUGGCCCUUGAGAGAGUAGUGUGUCGACCAAUUAAGCCCAUUGGUGUGUGUAUGUGUGCCUGCGCUUGCAUGUGUGUGUGUGUCUUACAGAGGUGCUCAGGGAGUGUGUCCCAGGCAGGCAGCUCCUGCUCCCUCAGCACCCUGUACAAAGGGCUAGCCUGUUCUCCCUGGUGGAGUGAGGCAGGAGGCUGAGUCACUGUCUGAGCAGCUCUCUCCCCAGCCUCCCCAGCCCAGUACCAGUAUCCAGUGCCCAGCCACAAACCUUGUCUCACCGGCUGGCCUCUUGGCACACUCUCAAACCACACAUUUGGCAACCACACACACUCACACACAGACUGCUUCAACCUCAGCCCUGCACCAUCUCUGACACACACUAAACUUACACUUGGCAAAUACACACACACACACAUACACACAAGCACACACUGCUUCAACCUGAGCCUGCACCAUCACUGACAUACGCUAAACUUUUACACUUGGCAACUACACACACACACACACACACACACACACACACAACCCAAGAUUAACACACGCAGCCCACAGGAUCAGAACAGAGCAGAUUACAUUUCACCAGAAUGACUCACAAUGAGUCAGAAAUGUGUCUGGGUACGUAUCAGACAGAAAUAUGGGUUGUUCAGUAUGUGAGAACACUUGUGAAUGUCAGUGAUCCAGCACAAGGGGAGAUCAGCUUCCCAGCUAACAAUUCUAGGGAGAGAGAGCGUUUUUGUAAUGUUACCCAUAAUAUUCCCUUAAUGUUUGAGUGUCCAUUUCUCCGUUAGUUAGGGGAACAUUCUAUCAAUGUUAGCAAAAAACAUUCUGAGAACCUUUUUAGAAUAUUUUGGUGUAAAAGUUAAGGGGAAUAUUCCCAUAAUGUCAGGAUAACUUAUCUAGAACGUGGUUACAAUGUUCUCAGAAUAUACAACAUUAAUGUUCUAUACAUGUUUUAUGGGACGUUGCUAUAAUAUUAAUUUGUCCAGUUGUCUGAGGGUUCGAAAAAUAUUCCCAUCAACGUCCCUCCAAACAUACACAGGACAGGGUUGCCAUGUUCUCAGAAUAGAAGAUAUGAAUGUUCUAGACACAUUUCAUGAGAACGUUGCAUGAACAUUCUGGUUUCCAGUUUUCAGGCCUUGUUACUGUUUCCAAGCCUAUGGGUUUGUAGCAUCAACCGCGCAGCACACACACACACUUACACACACCAACUGAUUAAUGGCCUGCUGAACUUUUCUUUUUUCUCUUGCUUUGUUUGUUCUUUUCCAUAUUAUGUCGAUCUUUGAGAAGCUACCCAGGAAAGGGCUGAAAAUAGCCCAUAUCAAAAGAUGUAGCCUUAGAAAUAAGGUUCAUUAAAUCAAUAACUUGCUAACAUCAGAUAACAUUCAUAUAUUAGCCAUUUCUGAGACUCACUUAGAUAAUUCCUUUGAUGAUACAGAAGUAGCAAUACAAGGAUAUACCAUCUAAGAGACAGGAAUGAUUAUGGGGAGGUGUUGCUAUAUAUAUUCAGAGCCAUAUCCCUGUAAUGCUUAGAGAAGAUCUCAUGUCAAGUGUUAUUGAAGUGCUGUGGUUGCAGGUUCACCUGCCUCAUCUAAAGCCUAUUCUUUUGGGGUGUUGCUAUAGGCCACCAAGUGCUAACAGUCAGUAUCUAAAUAAUGUGGGUGAAAUGCUUGAUUGUGUAUGUGAUGUAAACAGAGAACUGAAUAUUGACUGGUUUUCAUCAAGCUGUCCGCUCAAAAGGAAGCUUCUCACUGUAACCAGUGCCUGUAAUCUGAUUCAGGUUAUUCAUCAAUCUACCAGGGUGUUUACAAACACUACAGGAACAAGAUCAUCCACAUGUAUUGAUCACAUUUUUACUAAUAUUUUACUGUAGAACUUUGUUCUAAAGCUGUAUCCGUACCCAGUGGAUGCAGUGAUCACAAUAUAGUGGCUAUAUCCAGGAAAGUUCUAAAAUAGUGUAUAAGAGAUCAUACAAAAUAUUUGCUGAGACUUAUGUGGAUAAUGAAAAAAAUAUUUGUUGGUCUGAUGUGAUUAAUAAGGAGCAUCCAGACGCUGCACUUGAUGAAUUAAUGAAAUUGCUUCUUCCAAUUAUUGAUAAACAUGCACCUGUUAGGAAACUGCCUGUUAGAACGGUUAAGGCUCCAUGGAUUGAUGAGGAAUUGAUCAACUGUAUGGUUGAAAGAGAUGGAGCAAAAGGAGUGGCUAAUAAGUCUGCUGCACAUCUGACUGGCUGACUUACUGCAAAAAGAAGAAGAAACUGUAUUAUGAAGCCAAGAUCAAUGAUAUAAAAAAUGAUGGGAACAUUUUUUUAGAGUACUUUAAAUGAAUUAUGUCCAGAAAGACUAAUUCAACUCCAUCUUCAUCGAAUCAGAUGGUGUUAUUUUAAUGAUUACUUUAUUGGCAAAGUAUCUGUCAUAUCUUUAAUCUGAGUCUAGAGGAAGGUGUUUGUCCUCAGGCCUGGAGGGCAAACAGUGGUAAAGUGGCAUUUACAGGUUCUAACAGCAGACCUAUCAGCUUGUUGCCAGCUCUUAGCAAACUGAUGGAAAAAAUGGUGUUUCUCUGUAAACAAAUUGACAACAGACUUAUAGAGAAGGGCACUCAACACGUACUGCACUGACACAAAUUACUGAUGAUUGGUUGAAAUAAAUGGAUAAUAAAAAGAUUGUGGGAGCUGUACUGUUAGAUGUCAGUGCAGCCUUUGAUAUUAUUCACCAUAGUCUGUUGUUGAGAAAAAAUAUGUUUUAUGGCUUUUCAACCUCAGAGCUAUUUAUCUCAUAGAACUCAGAGUUUUUUUUUUAAUGGAAGCCUCUCUAAUGUCAAACAUGUAGGGUGUGGUGUACCGCAGGGCAGCUCUCUAGGCCCUCUACUCUUUUCUAUUUUUUACCAACGACCUGCCACUGGCAUUAAACAAAGCCUGUGUGUCCAUGUAUGCUGAUGAUUCAACCAUAUACGUGUCAGCAACCACAGCUAAUGAAGUCACUGAUACCCUUAACAAGGAGUUGCAGUCAGUUUUGGAAUGGGUGGCCAGUAAUAAACUGGUCCUGAACGUCUCUAAAACUAAGAGCAUUGUAUUUCGUACACAUCAUUCCCUAAGCUCUAGACCUCAGCUAAAUCUGAUAAUUAUUGGUGUGGCUGUUGAACAAGUUGAGGAAACUAAAUUACUUGGUGUUACCUUAGAUUGUAAACUGUCAUGGUCAAAACAUAUAAAUUCAAUGGUUGUAAAGAUGGGGAGAGGUAUGUCCAUAAUAAAGAGAUGCUCUGUUUUUGACACCACACUCCAAAAAGCAAGUCCUGCAGGCUCUAGUUUUGUCUUAUCUUGAUUAUUGUCCAGUCAUGUGGUCAAGUGCUGCAAAGAAAGACCUAGUUAAGCUGCAGUUGGCCCAGAACAGAGCGGCACAUCUUGCUCUUCAUUGUAAUCAGAUGCCUAAUAUAAAUACUAUGCAUGCCAGUCUCUCUUGGCUAAGAGUUGAGGAGAUACUGACUGCAUAAUUUCUUAUUUUUAUAAGAAACAUUAAUGUGUUGAAAAUUCCAAAUUGUUUGCAUAGUCAACUUACACACUGCUCUGACACACACACUUACCUCACCAGACAUGCCACCAGGGGUCUUUUCACAGUCCACAAAUCCAGAACAAAUUCAAGAAAGCGUACAGUAUUAUAUAGAGCCAUGAGUGCAUGGAACUCCCUUCCAUCUCAUAUUGCUCAAAUUAACAGCAAACCUGUUUUCAAAAAACAGAUAAAGCAACACCUCACGGCACAACACCUCUCCCCUAUUUGACUUAGAUAUUUUGUGUGUAUGUAUUGAUAUGUAGGCUAUGUAUGCCGUUUUUCAAUUUAUGUAGUUCUGUCCUUGAGCUGAUCUUGUCUAUUAAGGCGUACUGUAACUGUAUUAUGUCAUGUUUCAUGUUUUGUGUGGACCCCAGGAAGAGUAGCUGCUGCUUUCGCAACAGCUAAUGGGGAUCCUAAUAAAAUACCAAUACCAAGCCCAUCAAGGCCCUGAAUGGGGAACCACUGAUCCAUUCACAGCUCUUUCUGUCAGUUGGCAAGUUUAGGGAUACGCACACACACACAGUGCUUUCAACAUACAGUGUUUUCAACUUACAUAUUUGUCAGACUUCGACAUACAUGAUUACAUGUUCAUUUAUACAGUAAUUAUAGGUGUAAGCAAUAGGGUGAAUGCACUUUGAAGUACAUUUUAGCUUUUUUUAAAGUACACUCAAGAAAAACUUUUAUUGAUCAUAGUGAUUUCAGGAGUAUCAUUAAAACAGAUUAAUAUGCCCCACCUACAUUAGGGAACUAUACUGAAAGCCCUUAAAUUGUUGAAAUAAGUAAAUCAAAUCAAUGAUCAGAAUAGUCAGAUUGACUGAUACCUAACACAGACAUAGUAGCGUAGUAGGAAGAUCGGAGUACCAUGAACCAAAAGGUUGUGAGUUCAAAUCCCAGGUGAGGACAUGUUGAAUAAUAAUUAUUGUAUAAAGGAACAUGCACAAUAUAAUCAUGUAUGUCACAUAUGUAAGUUAAAAACUUUGAACACUGAGUGAACAAAAUAUUAGGAACACCUGCUCUUUCCAUGACAGACUGACCAGGUGAAAGCUAUGAUCCCUUAUUGAUGUCACCUGUUAAAUCCACUUCAAUCAGUGUAGCUGAAGGGGAGGAGACAGGUUAAAGAAUAACUUUUAAGCCUUAAGACAAUUGAGACAUUGAUUGUGUAUGUGUGCCAUUCAGAGGGUGAAUAGACAAAAUAUUUAAGUGCCUUUGAACAGGGUAUGGUAGUAGGUGCCAGGCGCACCGGUUUGAGUGUGUCAACAACUGCAACGCUGCUGGGUUUUUCUCGCUCAACUGUUUCCCGUGUGUAUCAAGAAUGGUCCACCACCCAAAUUACAUCCAGCCAACUUGAUACAACUGUGGGAAGCAUUGGAUUCAACAUGGGCCAGCAUCCCUGUGGAACGCUUUCGACACCUUGUAGAGUCCCUGCCCCGAAAAAUUGAGGCUGUUCUGAGGGCAAAAGUAGGGGGUGAAAGUCAAUAUUAGGAAAGUGUUCCUAAUGUUUUGUACACUCAGUGUAUAAUAAAAGCACUGUGUGUGUGAGUAUCCCUAACCUUGCCAACAGACAAAGAGCAAUGAAUGGAUCAGUGGUUCACCAAUCAGGGCCUUGAUUGGCUCUGUAACAAGACGUGAUGUGUAAUACAUUUUUCAUUGGACACAUAAAUGUUCUGGCAAUGUUCCCAUGAAACGUGUCUAGAACCUUAAUAGCUUAUGUUCUGAGAACAUGGCAACCAUGUUGUGUAUGUUUGGAGGGGCGUUGAUUGAAUAUUCUCCUAACCCACAGAAAACUGGACACAUAUGUUUUUGUAACGUUCCAAUGAAACGUGUUUAGAACAUGAAUAUCUUAAGUUCUGAGAACAUGGUAAACAAGUUCUGGGUAAGUUCUAUUUUAUAUUAAGGGAAUGGUCUCUUGGAAACAUUCCUUGCUCAUCACGGGAACAUUCCUAUGAAAACAUCAGUUAAUGACCUUUUGAGACUCUUAAAGGGACAAUCUGUGAUUGCUACAACCAUUAUUUAUUUGUUAUGUUAAACAGCACCAGUCAAGUUUGGACACACCUACUCAUUCAAGGGUUUUUCUUUAUUUUUAUUAUUUUCUACAUUGUAGAAUAAUAGUGAAGACAUCAAAACUAUGAAAUAACACAUAUGGAAUCAUGUAGUAACCAAAAAAGUGUAAAACAAAUCAAAAUAUAUUUUAUAUUUAAGAUUCUUCAAAUAGCCACCCGUUGCCUUGAUGACAGCUUUGCACACUCUUGGCAUUCUCUCAACUAGCUUCACCUGGAAUGCUUUUCCAACAGUCUUGAAGGAGUUCCCACAUAUGCUGAGUACUUGUUGGCUGCUUUUCCUUCACUCUGCGGUCCAACCCAAACCAUCUCAAUUGGGUUGAGGUCGGGUGAUUGUGGAGGCCAGGUCAUCUGAUGCAGCUCUCCAUCACUCUCCUUCUUGGUCAAAUAGCCCUUACACAGCUUGGAGGUGUGUUGGGUCAUUGUCCUGUUGAAAAACAAAUGAUAGUCCCACUAAGCCCAAACCAGAUGGGAUGGCGUAUCGCUGCAGAAUGCUGUGGUAGCCAUGCUGGUUAAGUGGGCCUUGAAUUCUAAAUAAAUCACAGACAGUGUCACCAGCAAAGCACCCCCACACCAUAACACCUCCUCCUCCAUGCUUCACGGUGGGAACUACACAUGCGGAGAACAUCCGUUCACCCACACCGCGUCUCACAAAGACACAGCGGUUGGAACCAAAAAUCUCAAAUUUGGACUCCAGACCAAAGGACAAAUUUCCACCGGUCUAAUGUCCAUUGCUUGUGUUUCUUGGCCCAAGCAGGUCUCUUCUUCUUAUUGGUGUCCUUUAGUAGUGGUUUCUUUGCAGCAAUUUGACCAUGAAGGCCUGAUUCACAGUCUCUUCUGAACAGUUGAUGUUGAGAUGUGACUGUUACUUCAACUCUGUGAAGCAUUUAUUUGGGCUGCAAUUUCUGAGGCUGGUAACUCUAAUGAACUUAUCCUCUGCAGCAGAAGUAACUCUGGGUCUUCCUUUCCUGUGGCGGUCCUCAUGAGAGCCAGCUUCAUCAUAGCGCUUGAUGGUUUUUGCAAUUGCACAUGAAGAAACUUUCAAAGUUCUUGAAAUGUUCCAUUAUGACUGACCUUCAUGUCUUAAAGUAAUGAUGGACUGUCAUUAUUUGAGCUGUUCUUGCCAUAAUAUGGACUUGGUCUUUUACCAAAUAGAGCUAUCUUCUGUAUACCACCCCUACCUUGUCACAACACAACUGAUUGGCUCAAACGCAUUAAGAAGGAAAGAAAUUCCACAAAUUAACUUUUAAGAAGGCACACCUGUUAAUUGAAAUGCAUUCCAGGUGACUACCUCAUGAAGCUGGUUGAGAAAAUGCUAAGAGUGUGCAAAGCUGUCAUCAAGGCAAAGGUGGCUACUUUGAAGAAACUCAAAUAUAAAAUAUAUUUUGAUUUGUUUAACAUUUUUUUGGAUACUACAUGAUUCCAUAUGUGUUAUUUCAUAGUUUUGAUGUCUUCAAAACUAUUGUACAAUGUAGAAAAUAGUAAAAAUAAAGAAAAACCCUUGAACGAGUACGUGUGUCCAAACUUUUGACUGGUAGUGUAUACCAAUUGAUUCUUGAAGGAUAUAACUUAUAAAUGCCUCAUGGGCUUAGUUCAACUGUCAUACCCCAUCAUAACCAAUAAUAUAAGCUUGUUUUACACAAUUGUUUGUAAACAAUGCAAUUGUAAACAAACACUCUAUAGCCUCAAAACAUGAUUAAAUUAUAUUUGGGAUAUCAUGUAUGGUCAGUCCUUGCAUCCAUAUCUCUGUCUAUGAAUUUGAGAGUGGUUACAUUUCUCCAGCCCCAUCGCUCAGCUGUUUACCAAACUGCUUUGUAAUUGUUUGAACUGCAGAUUGCCUCUUUAAGGGUAUGUUCUCUAAAAUAGCUGGGUUCUUGGUGUUGGGUGUGUGUCUGUGAUGGUUGGAAUAGUGUGUGUGUGGUUGCAAAGUGUGGGUUUGGUGUGUGUUGUUGAUGAUGUGGCAAUGAAAGGUUGGAGGUGUGUUUGUGUGUGUGUGUGUGUGUGUGUGUGUGUGUGUGUGUGUGUGUGUGUGUGUGUGUGUGUGUGUGUGUGUGUUCCUCAGGGAGAGACAAAUCACCUUCACUGCAGGUCGCAGUGAUUACACUAUGCAUAAUUCAUGAUAUUGAGAUGAAUAUCAAAUGCAUUUUACAGCUUUUUAAUCACAUCUGCACACUAAUGAAUAUGCAAAACAGUUAUGGUUGAGAUUCAGAUACGCUAUCAUACAACUAUCUUACUUUGCUGUUAUUUCAAUUCAAUUUGUUUGGGCAGGCAGGUAGUUUACUGAGUAGAAGUGGAAAAUCUAUUGAAUUAAUCAAAAGCAUAUGACAUAAUUCAAGCAUUCCUGGAAAAACUAAGAAUUUUUCUGAGGACUCAUUGGCUCCUUGAGUUUCAGAUCGUAUUUGUCAUAGCUGCAUAAUUUUACUGAGACCUGCAUAUGAAUUCAAGGUCAAGAUUAUGCAUGUGACUGACACAUUUUGUCAUGCCCUGGUCAGAUCCCCAUUGGGAAUAUGAUGGUGUGUGGAGCCAUAGAAAUUAAUCAGAAUGAUUUCCAAAAGUCUCUGUCCAAAUCUGCCCUCUGACAGCGUAUAAUUCUCCACAAAUAUCACACAAUUAUUGUAGAGACCAGCAGUGGAGACUCAGAGCCCAUUUAAUUGCAAUUAUACUGUGAUAUCAUAUUACUUGACUGACGCAUGAACCUUCAGUCGUGUUAACAUAAAUAGUCUCACACAAUGGGCCUGUGUUCUUCUCUCUCAGUGACUGGCUGUCUAAUAAAGUGUUGAAGAGAGGGGGGGUAGAUAAUUUAGAGACGCAGAGAGACUGAGAGCGAGGGAGUGAGGCAUAGAGAGGGAGUGAGACAGAGAGAAAGGGAGGCAAAGAAAGGAGUAGAGAGAGAGAAGUCCAGCUAGACUCUCCCAGCUAACAACAAACGUUCCCACAACUUGAGAGAAUGUGCCCAUUCCCAAGAGUCUAGCUGGACUUCUCUCUCUCAUUAACUAACAUUUUCAUAGGAAUGUUCCCUGUGAUGUGCAAGGAAUGUUUCCAAGAGACCAUUCCCUUAAUGUCAAAUAGAACUUACACAUGUUCUCAGAACAUAAGAUAUCAAUGUUCUAGACACGUUUCAUGGGAACGUUGCAGGAACAUUUCUUAUUGAAAUGUUUUUGUAUUUUACCCCUUUUUCGUGGUAUCCAGUUGGAAGUUACAGUCUUGUCACAUCGCUGCAACUCCCGUACGGACUCGGGAGAGGCGAAGGUCGAGAGUCGUGCGUCCUCCGAAACACAACCCAGCCAAGCCACACUGCUUCUUGACACAAUGCCCGCUUAACCAACCGCACCAAUGUGUCGGAGGAAACACUGUAUACCUGGCGACCGUGUCAGCGUGCACUGCGCCCGGCCCGCCACAGGAGUCGCUAGUGCGCGAUGUGACAAGAAUAUCCCUGCCGGCCAAAUCCUCCCCUGACCUGGACGACGCUGGGCCAAUUGUGCGCCGCCCCAUGGGUCUCCCGGUCGCGGCCGGCUGCGACAGAGUCUGGACUCGAACCAGGAUCUCUAGUGGCACAGCUAGCACUGCAUCGCCACUCGGGAGGCCCGAAGGAAUAUUUGUGUGUAUCAGUAUGUCGCCUGAUGGUCCCAAAGAAACAUUCCCCCCCCCAAAAAAAUAGUUAAUCAUACAUCACGCCUUGUUACCGAGCCAAUCAAGGCCCUGAUUGGUGAACCACUGAUCCAUUCAUUGCUCUUUGUCUGUUGGCAAGUUAGGGAUACUCACAAACAGUGCUUUUAAGUGUUUUCAACAUACAUAUACGACACACUGUGACGUAGAGGAUUACAUUGUGCAUUUUCAUUCAUUCAUUCAAUUAUUAUUCAACAUGUCCUCACCUGGGAUUUGAACUCACAACCUUCUUGGUUCACGGUACUCCGAUCUUCCUGCGACACCACCAUGUCCAUGUUAGAUAUUGGUUAAUCUAUUCUCAUCAUUGAUUUGAUUUACUUAUUUCAGCGUUUUAAGGGAUUUCUGUAUAGUUGUCUAAUGUUGCUGGAGCAUGUUAACCUGUUUUAAUGAUAGUCCUGAAUUACUAUGAUCAAUAAAAUCGUUUUUCUUAGGUGUACCUUUAACAGAGCUGAGAUUUACUUAAAAGUGCAUUCACCCUAUUGCUUACACCUAUCAAGUAGUUUCAGAUCUACACAAGUGCCUAGGGAGGAGGGGUUAGGGUUUCUUCUGGACAGGGCCUAACUAUACUGGCCCAAUAAGCACAUCCUCUAGAGAUGUCCCUUAUUGGGACAGUGAUUAAGGCAUUUAACGUUGGUGCUGGUGGCCUGGGUUCAAGACCCACUAGGGGAAUCACCCUACUCUCACAUUCUUAACAAAACAUUAAGAACACCUUCCUAAUAUUGAGUUGCACCCCCCUCUCUGACAUGUGAUUGUUGGACAAUGUCCUGUCCAGAAGAAGCCCUUCCUCCUCCCUAGGCACAUCAUAGUGGAGUAUCCUUAAAACAGGUUAACAUGACCCACCAACAUCAGACAACUAUACAGAAAGCCCUUAUAUCGCUGAAAUAAGUAUCUCAAAUUAAUGAUGAGAAUAGUUAGCUUAACCAACUGGCCUACCUGGUUAAAUAAAGGUGUAAUAAAAAAUUAAAAUAAAACCAAGACCCACAUAGCAAGAAAAUCGGCGUACCAUGAACCAAGAGGUUGUGAGUUCAAAUCCCACGUGAGGACUGUUGAAUAAUAAUUACUGUAUACAUGCACAAUGUAAUCAUGUAUGUCAAAUAUGUAAGUUAAAAGCACUGUGUGUGUGUGAGGAUCCUUGACCUUGCCAAUAGACAAAGAGCUAUGAAUGGAUCAGUGGUUCCUUCCAUCAGGCAACGUGCUGAUACACAGAAACGUGUCUAGAACAUUAAUAUCUUAUGUUCUGAGAAAAUGGUAGCCUUGUUCUGUGUAUGUUUGGUGGGAUGUUGAUGGAAUAUUCUCCUAAAUCUCAGAAAAAUGGACACAUAAAUGUUAUUGCAUCGUUCCCAUUAAACAUGCCUACAAGAUUAAUAUCUUAUGUUCUGAGAAAAUGGUAACCUUGUUCUGUGUAUGUUUGGUGGGAUGUUGAUGGAAUAUUCUCAGAACCCUCAGAAAACUGGUCACAUGAAUGUUCUUGCAACAUCCCAUGAAACGUGUGAAGAACAUUAAUGUUGUAUGUUCUGAGAACAUGGUAACCAAGAUGGCGCGGGAGGGAAUAGCAGCCGUUUUACGGGUUCCUGAUCAAUUGUGCUAUUUUGUUUGUUCAUUUCCUAUGACCAAAAACCUCGAUUUGGAUGAUGAUUUCUACUUCAAUGAGUCGGAGGCAAAUUACAUAUUGCUCAUCCCGGACCAGGCUUAAAUCCCGACACUUGAAGAUGGAAGAGGCGGCAUUAUAGAGGCCGGCGUGCGGGAUAACUGACAAGAUUACGUCGGCGAGUGGAUAAACCACCUCUACCCUCCGUUCUAUUGGCGAACGUGCAAUCAUUGGAGAAUAAACUGGAUGAGCUCUGUUCGAGACUAUCCUAUCAACGUGAUAUGAAGAACUGUAAUAUCCUAUGUUUUUCCGAAUCGUGGCUGAACAAGGACAUGGAAAAUAUAAAUCUAGCUAGUUUUUCUACACAUCGGCAGGACAGAACGGCAGCAUCAGGUAAACUCGGAGUGAUCUCUAAUAUUAAGGAAGUCUCGAGGUUCUGCUCAACUGAGUUUAGAAUACCUCAUGAUAAGCUGUAGACCAUAAUAUUUAUCAAGAGAGUUUUCAUCUAUACUGAACAAAAAUGUAAACGCAAAAUGUAGUGUUGGUCCCAUUUUUCAUGAGCUGAAAUAAAAGAUCCCAGAAAUGUUCCAUACACACAAAACACAUAUUUCUCUCAAAUGUUGUGCACAAACUUGUUUACAUUCCUGUUAGUGAGCAUUUCCCCUUUGCCAAGAUAAUCCAUCCACCUGACAGGUGUGGCAUAUCAAGAAGCUGUUUAAACAGCAUGAUCAUUACACAGGUGCACCUUGUGCUGGGGCCAAUAAAAGGCCACUCUAAAAUGUGCAGUUUUAUCACACAACACAAUGCCACAGAUGUCUAAAGUUUUGAGGGAGCAUGCAAUUGGCAUGCUGACUGCAGUAAUGUCCACCAGAGCUGUUGCCAGAGAGUUGAAUGUUAAUUUCUCUACCAUAAGCUGCUUCCAGCGUCAUUUUAGAGAAUUUGGCAGUAUGUCCAAACAGCCUCACAACCGUAGACCACGUGUAACCACGCCACCCCAGGACCUCCUCAUCCGGCUUUUUCACCUGCGGGAUGGUCUGAGACGAGCCAUAGCUGAUUAAACUGUGUCAGAAACCGUCUCAGGGAAGCUCUUCUGCGUCCUCGUCGUCCUCACCAGGGUCUUGACCUGACUGCAGUUCGGCGUCGUAACCAACUUCAGUGGGCAAAUGCUCACCUCCGAUGGCCACUGGCACGCUGGAUAAGUGUGCUCUUCACUGAUUAAUACUGGUUUAAACUGUAACAGGCCGAUGGCAGACAGCGUGUAUGGCGUCGUGUGGGUGAGCGGUUUGCUGAUGUCAACGUUGUAAACAGAGUGCCCCAUAGUGGUGGUGGGUUUAUGGUAUGGGCAGGCAUAAAUUACGAAAGACGAAAACAAUUACAUUUUAUCGAUGGCAAUUUGAAUGCACAGAGAUACCGUGACGAGAUCCUGAGGCCCAUUGUCGUGCCAUUCAUCCCCCGCCAUCACCUCAUGUUUCAGCAUGGUAAUGCACGGCCCCCAUGUUGCAAGGAUCUGUGCACACGCUCGUCGGAUGUGGCAGGAUUUGUAAUCUAUCACGGAUUACAAAGGGAAAUCCAGCCGCAAGCCGCCCAGUGACGCGAGCCUACCAGAUGAGCUAAAUGCCUUCGAUGCUCGCUUCGAGGCUAGUGUCAUGACUACACGUGAGGAUCCAAUGGCUCAGACUAGGUGCAAUGAAUAAACUCCAACCAGAGCCCUUUUCCACCCGCAGAGGGGAGGAGGUAACUGGUGUGGGGGUUUUGACCGUUAACACUCGGUCGUAAAUUAGGCAGGAGGUGAAUGUGUGAAAGUGUGUCUAUGUACAUCUCCAACCUGCAUGUGUCUAUGGACGAGCAAAUUUAACCCUGUAUUUCUCUCUCCCCCCUCCCUCUCUUCCUCCCUCCCCCCCAAAGCAACAGGAGCAGGACCCCACUAACCUGUACAUCUCCAACCUGCCUGUGUCUAUGGACGAGCAGGAGCUGGAGAAUAUACUGAAGCCCUUCAGUCAGGUCAUUUCUACACGCAUCCUCAGAGACGCCAACGGCACCAGCAGAGGAGUGGGCUUCGCCAGGUAACCAACUUUUACACCUCUGAAAUAAAGUAUGUAAGAGAAGCAAAAAUGGACUCCUGCAUACUGUAUCAUGUAUACCUCCAUAUUUAAACAUUUAUUGACAAAUUCAAUGUUAUGGUCAUAUAUACCUUGGCUUUGUCAAGGCAUGGCUGGCUUGCCAGGGUCACAUUCAAUUGCCAAAUGUUGUUGAACGUUGCAGAUAGAAAUGCCAUGAGUAGAGCUGAUGUGAUUACUAAUUGUACAUGUCAGGGAAGCAUGUCUCUUCUACAUAGCCUAUUUCUAUCUGAACAUUCCAAAACAUUGCGUCGCCUGGUGAACUCAACUGUCUACUGAGCCCUCUGCUGGUUACUGGGGUUAGUACAUCAUCCUGUAAAUCAUUCUUUAUUUGCAGGAUGGAGUCAACAGAGAAAUGUGAGACUAUCAUUCAACAUUUCAAUGGCAAAUAUAUCAAGAGUCCACCUGGAGUACCAGGUGAUUCAUCUUUAUCCCAUCAUGUUUUCAAUUUCUUUUUAUAACACAGUUUGUUCUGUAUGAUGUUUUUGGGGGGAAAGGGUCAGGAGCAACAGAAAGGCGCCCAUCUUCCACAGUGUCUUGAUUCACUGUCAUAUUUUAAUGUACAAUACACAGAUUAUACCCCUUCAGUGCUCCACAGUCACUCAACCCUCUUCUUCUCCUCUCCUCCCAGUGCCCUCGGAACCCCUGUUAUGUAAGUUUGCAGAUGGAGGACAGAAGAAGAGACAGAGCCAGGGAAAGUACCUGCAGAAUGGCCGUCUCUGGACAACAGAUGGGGAAACGGUGAGUUCUCAUUCAGACAGUAAACAGUCUGCCAUCUUCCCUGUAGUCUUUCUUGUCUUUGCAAAUGUUGUCACUUCAACAAGGCUAUUCAGGUACUUUCAACUGUAUUAAGUACAGUAACAUUAAAGUAACUGUCCGACGUUGCUUCAUCUUCUACAAGGAAACAGCAAGCAUUUUUGAAACGGUCUGUUUGAGAUACAAGUUUGAAGUGUUUUUGUCUACAGUUUAUGCUUUGGCCACAAAUACGAGUAUAGGAUGAGUCAACAACAUCAUUUGGGUAUGCGGUAACAGAACAUGUACUUUUAAAAGUGAGAUUGAACAGUUACUUUAAAGCUCAAAUGGGAGUUGUCUUUCUGGUUAGAUAUUUCUCAGUCAAAUGCAUGUAAUACUGUAUGUGUGCUUACUGCACGUAUCUGUAUGUGUUUGACCACAGGGAGGAAUGACACUGACAUAUGACCACACCACAGCCUUACAGAAUGGGUGAGCAGAUACUCCACCAAACCUCACUGAGAUAAUCCGAGACAUAUGUACUGCAGGGAUGACAGUAUGUGUUGGAUACUGAUGGCUGUCUUCUCUCUCUCUCGGUCUCCAGGUUCUACUCAUCCCCCUACAGUAUGGCCCCUAACAGAAUGAUAGCUCAGACCUCCCUCUCCCCCUACAUGCACUCUCCUGUUAAUACCUACCAGGUCAGUCUGUUGUAUUUCUGUGGAUAUAUUACUGUGUCCAGAGGAUUUAUUUCUUAUUCUGAAAAUCUGCAGAAAGCAUACAUCUUAUGUUGUUUGUCUAUCUUUUCUCCCUGCUGCAGAUCCACGGUCCACAGUCAUGGAUGCAUCAUCAUCAGCAGUACCUCAUGCAGCCCUCAGUGAGUUUUACCCACCGCUACUGUUACUGCCUAUUAGUGAAUCAGUGAGAUCUGCCUUGUCUCUCUCUUUUUGUGUUCGAGAGAGACACCUGCUAAGCAUUAACAUAGACACUCUGUGUGAUGUUUGCACUCAACGUUUCAGCUGUGUGACAAACAAUUGUGUGUGUAUGCGCAUAUAUGCAUAAGUGCAUUUUUGUUUGUCUAUGUGUAUGUUAACUCUGUGUGUGUGUGUCCGUAGGGCCAAGUCCUGACGCCGGGCAUGGACCACACCAUGUCCAUCCAGCCAACCUCUAUGAUGGGGCCUCUCACACAGCAGCUCAGCCACCUCUCUAUGGGCAGCAGUGGCACGGUCAGUCCUCACAGCACACUACUGUAUAGACAUACAGUAGAUACUUUGGACAUAAUCUUUAUUUUUUAUCCAGUUGGAUAAACACUCCAAACAGCCUACCGAACCGCUUGGAGGCGUCCGCCUGGUCCUAAAGCUCACCGUUACCUCGUUUUGUAUCACACAUUCCAAUGAUAAAACUGGGGGCGGGACAAAAAUGCAAUUUCAGAAUGUGGGGGGGACAUGUCCCCAUCCCCAGUGAAAGUUGCGCCCCUGAUGAUUACGUUCUAAUAGUUUUAUCCUCUCUAUUUUAGUAUAUGCCUGCAAACACAUCUAUGCAAGGGACCUACAUCCCCCAGUACACCCAAGUGCCUCAGACCACCGUUUCAGUUGAGGUAAGAAACGUCCUACUAUAAUUUACUUUACUGACUUUAUUAUCCCAGUGGGGUAAAUAUGUUGCAGUAUCAUGUACACGUUUAAAACUAUAAUGUUGUGGUAUGAAACAACUGGUCACUUUACUGAUGAUUGGUUGAUUGAUGAAUACCUCUUCAAUAUGUUAACAGGAAAGUGCCAUCCAACAACAGGUUUCCCUGGAGACUCCCACAGAACACACAGGUUACUCCUAUCAGCAUAGCAAGUGAAGAGGAGGGACAGGUGGGUUACACUAGUCUAUUUCCUGGCCACCUGUGGUCCGUACAGCUCAGCUCAGCUCAGCUCAGUGACUAGUGGCUCUGGACAGAAGCACCAGACAGUCACACUAAAGAGAAAAGGAUAUUUAAAAAUCAGAGGUUACGGGAAACUCUUGAAUAGAGAUGAAUGGAUACUGUGAAAACGAACAGAACUUGGAGCAUCUAUUUUGACCACAGAACAUGACUCUAUAGUCGAAGAAAGAGAAAAAAACACACACACACAUUAUUUUUUGUGCACGUAUUAACAAAUUAUUUUCCUAACUAUUCUGGUGAGCCAGAAUGAAAUCAGGAACAUAAAGUCGAUUAGUUGUACUUUUUUGUAAAAUAUGCUGAUUUAGUUUUUCAUUUUAUCAUCUGUUAUUUGUAAGCUUUUCACCUGAAUUAUUUUGUGUUGAUUCAAAAAUAAUUGUUUUCUUCACUUCACACUGCUUGUUGUUUUUGGUAAAUGUUUGAAGAAAGAAGGCUGAAAAACUGCUUAAGUUACUUAGAUCAUAGAUGUGUGCCAUAUCUGGUGCUAUCAACUCAGAGCAGUUUUUUAGCACUUGGUCCCUAGUUGAAAUUCUCACAAUAAUUCUCACAAUCUAAAUAGAUAUUUAGAAAUAAAGCUUAAGACAAUCAAACAUUUAACUGAUUAUUUCCAGAUUCUGGCCAAUUAUAAUACAAUUAUAUAGGGAAAAUACAAAAUAUAUGCAUGAUUAAAUUUGACAUGAAAUACAUUUAGUUGCUGGUUAUAUUUGGGGAAUUUAAUCCUAUAUUGCUCCAAUGCUAACCAACAACAUAAAUAAGUCUUUACAUUUGGUUUUAGUGGGUUAAGCUGCUACCCUUUAAACAGACCCAAAGUUGUUCUUAGGAGUUCAUAUUGUUGAGUGUUGCGCUAUUAGUUUAAACAAGUAAAUGAGAGAUCCAAAACAUAUGGCCAGUAGCCUAAUGAGAUGCUUCGCUACUUCCUCUCUGUCUGUUCGUUGAUUCCUCUGUUAUUGUUGAUUUGUUUUUGUUUUGAUUCCAAGUGACUGUUUUUUUUUAAUUUAAAGAACGUUUGUGAGAUGUUUUAUUUGAUUUAAUACGUUUCAGAUUGAUCCAUUUGAAUUUUGGUAGUGUGCAUUGAGUAGUAAAAAAAAAAAAAAGAUUU